AUGAUACAUGAAUGUUGUCCAGACGAACGUAAACACUUAUUUAAAGCUAUAAGUGAAGUUAAUAUUCUAAAAACAUGUACUGGCACUGCAGGCUCAAGUUUAUAUGAAUCUCAUUCACCAAAAUGUCGAAGCUUAAUUCAACAUUUAAGUGACAUUCGAAAAAGUACUGAAUAUGUUCAACUUAUGGAAGCUUAUGCUGGUAUACAAGCUGUUGAUGCUCGAUUUCGAGUUCAUCGAACAAAAAUGGUAUCAGUAUGUUCACCUGCUGAAUUAUCGGCUUUUUAUUGUGAACCAGAAAAUAUGACAUUAUUUAAAUCGUGUGCAAAAAAAGUCUUACGUUUGGUUGAUCGUGAAAAUGGUGGAAGAGGUUACGAUAAAUUUUUUCGUCUUUUAAAAGAUGAUUAUAAAAAUAUUAAUGAAAGAAUUGCUGUUAAAUUUCCUUACUUAAGUUAA